AUGUGCAAAAUAUUAGAAAAAAUUAUCAACCAUAGACUAACUUGGUUCCUUGAAAAAUACAACUUCCUUUCUAAACAACAAAGUGGUUUUAGAAAAAAUAGAAGCACAAUUGACAACCUCUUUCUAAUUAAACACGAAGUAAAUCAGACCUUCGAAAGCAAGCAAAUCAUGGGACUAGUUAAUUUGGACAUCUCCAAGGCAUACGACUCAACUUGGAGACAUAACAUAUUAAUCAAACUCAAUCGAAUUUUAGUCAAAGGCUUUACACUCAAUAUUAUAGCCGAUUUUUUAAAAGACCGCACUUUCCAAGUAAAAGCGAAUAACCAGAUGUCCAAUGAAUUCUCUCAAGAAAAUGGAGUACCCCAAGGCUCAGCAUUGUCAGUAACGCUCUUUCUGUUAGCUAUAAACGACAUAACCCAAUGCUGCUCCCUUCCCGUAAAAUGCAACCUCUUCGCUGACGAUUUUAAUUACUCAUGCCGAAGCAAUAACAUCUGCACAGUACAAACAUUUCUCCAGAUAACCACUAACAAUGUCGAAGAAUGGGCAGGAAAGACAGGCUUUAACUUCUCUCCCAAAAAAUCAAACUGCAUAGUAUUCACUCAAAAAAGAAAGGUAGGCCAACUUCAUAUUACUCUCGACGACAAGCCAAUUCCCAUCCAAAAAUCUGUCAAAAUCCUUGGUCUCUUUUUCGAUCGCCGCCUCACGUGGGCAACCCACAUACAAUACCUUAAGACCUCAACCAAUAACGCAUUAAACCUACUCAAAAUAUUAUCUCACACAGCUUGGGGAGGUGAUUCUCAAACAUUAAUCAAGAUACACAGAUCUACUAUACAGUCCAGACUAAACUACGGUGCCAUUAUGUUCAAAUCUGCAUCCUACUCUACGCUAAAAUCAAUAGAUGCUAUUAAUAACAGCGGGUUAAGACUGGCUAUAGGCGCAUUCCGCAGUAGCCCAAUUUUAAGCAUUUAUAACAUAGCCGGAGAAUACCCUCCCGAGUUAAAAAGGACAGACUUAGCUCUAAAAUACUUGGUUAGAACAGUCAGAGCCAAAUUCAUUCCACUCACUGAGGAAAAUACUGAAAUUCACCAAGAAUUAAAUGUAAACGGCAUUGACCCGGCUCUAAUAAUAUCAAGAGAACCAAUGAACUAUCCCCCGUGGAUAGCCCAUUAUUCAAUAAAUACAGAAUUAACUUCCUUCCUAAAACCCCAAACCCCUCCCUCAGUAUACAGAAGUCACUUUCUCAGUAUAUUAGAACAAUAUAAAGACUACCAAAAAGUAUACACGGACGCUUCUAAGUCUUAUGACGAAGUAGGGUUUUCAAUAAUAUUCCAAAACAGAAAUCUACUAUUCAAACUUCCAAGAACAUGCUCCAUCUUCUCGGCUGAAGCAAUUGCAAUACUCGAGACAUUAAAAAUAAUAUUACACGAAGACCACCCAAAACAUAUUAUAUGUAGUGACUCCCUAAGUACCCUCACCAGCAUCAAAAACCAAUUCCAUCCUGGAGAUAUCGCAAUAAAAAUACAAAAUAAACUAAACGAGGCCUCAAUUAGAAACAAACAUAUCACGCUAAUGUGGGUUCCCGGACAUUCGGGCAUCAUUGGUAACGAACUAGCAGACCAACAGGCUAAAAUUGCCACCUCAAACUCGGGAGUAACAGUAUUACCAGGGCUAACAUACGAUGACUUAAAAUCCCAUAUUAGUGAGAUGUCCAACGACAAAUGGCUUCGGGUAUGGAAGCAACAAACUACCAAACUGAACACAAUUAAAACUUCCAUCAACCGAUGGAUUAACAGUUCUUUAAAAAGGAAAGAAGAAAUAAUAUUAAACCGCCUGCGCAUCGGACAUACUAGACUUACCCACGGAUACUUAAUGGCCAAGGAAGAAGCUCCUUUAUGUGAUGCUUGUGGUUUAAGAUUGUCCGUGAAACACAUAAUAACGGAAUGUUUCAAGUACGAACAAGAUAGACAAAAGAUCGGAAUCGACGCGACACUCGGCUCCGCACUGGGACCAGAAUCCGAGGACAACUACAAGAUAAUAAACUUCCUAAAAUCAACUAAUUUAUGUAACUCAAUCUAA